AGAUGCCAAGUUCAAUUUGACUUGGCAAUCGUUUUCUCUUUAAGAACCAUUAAAUGUAAUAUCGAAUUCAAGUUUUUCGUUAAUUUUGUUUCCUCUUGUACUAUCACUUGUAUUAACAAAUUUUUUUGCAAUGACAAGGACAUUUUUAAUUUUUGGUUUGAAGUUAAUUUUCCUGCUUUUCACGGUGAAAUGCGAAACAGAAAGAUUGGUUGAAUUCCUGGACUACUGUGGCGUACGCAGUGGUAAGAAGCAGGCCGUGGAGAUGAUCUUGGAGGACGGAUUGGCAGCUGGCAACAGUGCAUUCCAGUGUUGUGUGUACAUGCAUGCAGCUCACUCCAGCCAACGACUGCUCAUCUCAUUCCGGAAGAUACUCCUGGACACCGCAGGUGGCACAAACGGAGUAAUAAGCGAAGACGAGGCGACUCUUGCGACUACCAACUGGUGUGAUCAAGCUGGCUGUGGGGCCAAACUCAGUUUCUACGAUUCUUGGGCAAAUAACGGGGAUCUGUUUGGAUGCACUUGCAAGGAUCUCUUCCCGGCUGUGAUGGAGAGUGCCAGUAAUAAGAUCAAAGUGUGUCUGGAUGUACCAGUUGGGAUGGUUAUUGAAAACGACUGGGCGUUCUUCGCGACGAGUUUUGAUGAGUCCAGUUGUCCGCAGAAUGAGACAAUGUUGCACUGCGUGAACAGACGGUGUGUUCAACGCACUCUCAUCUGUGAUGGAGUAGACAACUGUGGCGACAGGACAGACGAACUACUUAUCGAAAAUUGCGAUCCGGUGCGUGCCGAAGUGGGUGAGAUCAUGGAUGACUCCACCCCUCUCUGGUGGGGCUGGAUCUGGUGGGUUUUGUUGGUCAUGUUGGCCAUGAUGACCACCUACUGGUGCUGUUGGAGACCGGGAUACAUCUGGUGGAGACUCGGUUGCUGCAGGGAUCUCAUUCCUUUUCUAAGGGCAUGCUGUCUCUGUUUCUUCACUUGCACCUGUGCGAUGAACUGCGGGGGAACCACGUGUGGGAGACACCCCUACAAACAACAGAUGCAGGAGAACAACAACCGCAUGCAGGCUAUGGGUGCACGAAAGGUAGUCUCGAAACCCAAACCCAAGCCAAAAGUCAAGGGCACCAUGAUGGCUGCCAAGAGUCGCAAGGGUCCCAUCACGAAGCAACCUCGCAAUCCCCAGAUGAUGGUGGUGGAGGAAGAGGGGAUGAGUGGGAUUGGGGGAAAGGGAGGGCCUAAGGAUGAAGUGUACAACGUGAAGGUUGAUUAUGACGAGGAUGACAAGAAUAGAAAUGGGACGACUGCGAUAUUCAUCGAUGAGUUUCCGUUUGAAGAGUGGAGUGGAAUGCACCACAGAGAAGGACGCUAAUGAUCAGCUAUUUGUAGUGAAUAUCCCAAUGAACUUUUUAUAUGAAAUUGUUGCACACAAUUUUCACAUGAAUGGGGCUUCGAAAAUUAUACGGAGCCUUUUGAUUUUCAGAAUUAGAGUUGUGAUCUUGCCACUAUCACGGAGCAAAGAAAAGCUCAAGUAAUAUUUAAAAGCUUGGAUUAUGUAACAUUACCGUUUAUUUUCAACUUAGCGUGUAUGACCAGCAUUUAAGAAAUUUAACGACCAGCCUAACAUGAAAACUUUUGUGGUAAAGAAUUCGCUUUGAGAAGACCGUAUGUUUUUAAUUCAAUGAAACCAGCAGUUUAUAGA